AUGAAUUUCAACAACGUGAAGAUCCCGAAGGUUCCUGGUAGCGGAAUCGCUGCUUUGCUUAAAGUUAGCAUUAUUGGUGGACUUGCUGUGUAUGGGGCUACAAACACCUUGUAUAAUGUUGAGGGUGGUCAUCGAGCUAUUGUCUUUAACCGUCUUGUUGGUGUCAAAGAUAAGGUUUAUCCUGAAGGAACACAUAUUAUGAUCCCGUGGUUUGAGAGGCCUGUGAUCUAUGAUGUUCGUGCACGACCUCACUUAGUGGAGAGCACUUCAGGAAGUCGGGAUCUCCAAAUGGUGAAAAUUGGACUUAGAGUUCUUACUCGUCCUGUGCCAGACCAAUUACCCACAGUUUAUCGAACUCUGGGCGAGAAUUACAAUGAAAGGGUCUUGCCUUCUAUUAUACACGAAACUCUCAAAUCUGUGGUUGCACAGUACAAUGCCAGUCAGCUCAUUACUCAGAGAGAGGCUGUUAGUCGUGAAAUAAGGAAGAUAUUGACUGAAAGGGCAUCACAAUUUAACAUUGCUUUGGACGAUGUGUCAAUCACAAGUUUGACAUUUGGGAGGGAAUUCACAGCUGCAAUUGAAGCCAAGCAGGUUGCUGCUCAAGAAGCCGAGAGAGCUAAAUUUGUUGUCGAAAAAGCUGAACAAGACAAAAGAAGUGCUGUUAUUAGAGCACAGGGAGAAGCCAAGAGUGCUCAGUUGAUUGGUCAAGCUAUUUCCAAUAACCCUGCAUUUAUAACCUUAAGGAAAAUUGAAGCUGCUAGGGAAAUUGCUCAAACAAUUUCAAAUUCUGCCAACAAGGUUUUCUUGAAUUCAGAUGAUCUCUUGCUGAACCUCCAGGAUUUAAAUUUGGAGCCUAGUGGGAAGAAGUAG